AUGCCAGCACCUUCAAGAUUACAAGUACUAUCCCUAUAUAAACAAUUAAUUAAGAAUGCAAACCAUUUCAGUGACUAUAACUUCAGAAAUUAUUUCCUCCGCAGAACAAGAGACACCUUUAAAGCAAAUAAAUCACUACAGGAUCAAGCCAAAUUAGAGAAUUUUUAUAAGCAAGGAAUCAAUGAUCUAGGUGUAUUGAAGAGACAGAGCAUCGUUUCUCAAUUAUAUACAUUUGAUAAGUUAGUUGUGGAACCAAUAGACAAGCCAACUGGAACCUAG